UGAAUUAUUUCUUCCGCAAAGCUGAGUGAGAAGCACCCGACCAAUGGACAUCCCGUUCACUUAUUUACCGUGGCCCCAAGCAAACUGAUCGUGGAACAUGUAUUGAAUUUUUCAUAAGGACCGCCUCGUCUUUUUUCCGUCGCUCGGGUUCUUUUUAAAAAUUCCUGCGCGCGAGACCGGUAGCCUCGAUUCUUGCCUGAAAGAUUGAACGGCCGUUUCGCAUCCGCGAACGAAAGUGUUCUGUGCCCAAAAUGCGCGUCGUGACACUCGUAUUGCUAUCAAUUUCGCUAUUCUGUACUAUCCAACACGGCCGCGGAUACAACAUCCUGGGUAUUUGCCCAAGCGCAAGUUACAGCCACCAACAAUCCUUUCAAGCAUUGAUGAAAGCAUUGGCGUCUCGUGGUCAUAAGGUUACCGUUUUAUCAACAGUUCCCCUAAAGAAUCCUCCAUCAAAUUACGAGAACGUUGACUUGUCAUUUUCGUAUAUAAGCAAGGAUUGCACAGGAUUAAGACAUGUGGGAGCCUACGCGAUUCUCCAUCAAAAUUUGUGGGGAGCCAAUCUCAUAUGCAGACAUCAAUUAUUCAGUCCUGCUAUUGACAAGCUUAUAGCGAGCAACAAGACAUUCGACGGGAUCAUUAUAGAGCAAUUAUGGUUCCAAUGUUAUUACGCCCUCGUAAAACACUACAACUUCCCCGUGCUGAUUGGAUUUUUAAGCGUGGGCAACUUGCCCUACGUAAUGGAUUCCGUAGGAAAUCCAGACGACCCUAACUUUAAUCCCGACAUGGCGUAUCCAUUCACGGACAAAAUGACAAUCAAUGAGCGUAUAAUGAAUAUCCUUUACACAACAUACACAAGAUUAUAUUAUCGAUAUUGGCAUCUACCAAGAGCUCAACGCAUGGCUAACGAACGGACACCUGGCACUUCCGUUUACGACAUUGAUAAAAAUUUCAGUCUAGUGAUCCUGGGCAACAAUCACGUAUUCGGUUAUCCGAAGCCACUGCUGCCGCAUGUGAUUGAAGUUCACAGCUUGCAUAUUUCGGAAAACCCCGGUUCCUUGCCUAAAGAUAUUCGCGAAUUUCUGGACAACGCUCAGGACGGUGCUAUUUAUUUCUCUCUGGGCUCAAAUCUGCAAACUGACCAACUACCCGCUGGACCUUUGACCGCAUUGUGCAACGCCCUAGGCUCGCUGAAGCAAAGAGUUCUAUGGAAACAUGACGGUAACAUGGCUAUUCAUCCGACCAACAUCAAAUUUGUGAAGUGGGUGCCUCAACAAGCGGUCCUCGCGCAUCCCAAGGUGAUUGCGUACAUGAUGCAGGGCGGAUUGCAGUCUUUGCAAGAAGCAGUACACUAUGCCGUACCUGUAGUCGCAAUUCCCUUUUUUGGGGAUCAGUAUUUCAAUGCACGUAAAAUCCUAGACGCCGGUAUCGGACUGACACUGGACAUCGACACCAUAACCGAAAACUCUAUCGUACAAACACUCACGGAGAUCGUCGAAAAUAAAACGUAUUUGAACAAUAUCGAAACAAUGUCGGCAAUCGUGCGGGACGAAUUGGUGAAACCUACAAACAGGGCAAUGUGGCAUGUGGAACACGUAUUGAAAUUUCCAAACUCGAGACAUUUACGAUAUCAUGGACACGAUAUGUCAUGGACACAUUAUUACGCAACGUAUCUGUGCUUGAGUAUAUACUUCGCUUUAUUAAUAUGCAUCAAUUACAUAUUGUACAACACAAUUGUUAGUGCUUUUAUAAAAAUCAAAUGCAUAAGUAUUUUAAAACAAUGGAUAAGCAAUUGGAAACAAAAACUCGAUUAAUAUAUAUAAACAUAUGUACAAUACGAAGCAAUGAAGCAAAAAUUAAUCAUAUGUAAAAAAAGAGAAUUUUAUUGUAUGAAUAUUCCUUUUGUGUUAUGCCUAUAAUAAACAAAUAAUUAAAUUGCUCAUAAUAAAAUAAUACCUAAAUGUUA